UGGCUUUAAGGAAAUGGUGUUACAGCUGAUUUUCUCUGUUAUUGCAGCCGACUGUGUGAAGAUGUGUUGUAAAUAAUGCAACAAAAUUCAGCUGUUGAAAAACUGUGAGUGUUUUAGUGAAUUUAUCAGAUGUGAAGUUAAAUAAACUUCCUCCUUGAAAAUCUCUCCACUGUCUGACAUCUGUUGGUUUUCUGUCUUUUGUGUGUUUUUCUGUCUGUUUACAGUCAGAACCAGCAAGUCUACAAGCCCAAGACAUCAGCACCAACUCAAAUGGGCCCAAACAAGAUGCCCUGUUCAAUGACGACCCAGAGGACCUAUUUGCAGGUAAAGACACACACUACCACACACCUACGGUUAUGAUACAGCUGAGAAACACAAAGAACUGCUUCAUAUAGAGCAGAUUUUUGAGGGAAGAGUCAGGGGGUCAUCUGGGUCUGACUAAUGAAGUACAUCUACAUCCAAAUCCAGAAACUGCUGCUGACCGACUGAUUCAACACAGAAGCUCAGUGAAGAGAUUUGAACAUAAAUCCCACCUUUACAAAGACAAAGAGUAAGCCAUAGUUAAGGAGUCUGGGUCAGCCAAUCACAUUCAAGGGAGGAGCCCCUCUGGACCUGGAGUCAGAAGUCCCCCUGCCCAUUAUCAGAGGACUCUGUAACACUCUUCAGUUAAACCCAGAGCCUCAGUUAGAGAUCAGAUCCUGUAAUAAAGCCGGUUUUCCUCCACGUCUCUUAACUCAGACUUUCUGCUUCAGGCUCAGAGUGAACUCAGGUUCAACGCCUCAUUUUGGGCUUCAGCUUUUGAAACGAAGAGCGAUAAGGAUUCUGUUUUUGGGAAGAGAUUUAGCUGUAAAACGAAACUCCUCUGAUGCAAAUAAGGUAAGAUGACAAAGUGAAGCUGCAGUCCAAGAUGAUCACAGGGUGAGAUCUGAAAUUAAGGGACAGACGCUGGAGAGGAGUUUAGAUGAUCUUCAUCGCUUACUGAACACAGAGGCCCUAAGAUGUGAUGCAGAGGCCUGAAAGUUUAACCCGGUGUAGCUGUAUAGAUUCAUUCUGUGACAUUACACACAAAACUGAAAGGCUACAGAUGAUCAAGAGACUGACAACUUCAGCCAAGGAUGUGCUUUAAUGCUGGAGAGCAUUGUCAGGAGGAAAUCACUUAAGUCAAAUAAGCUUUAAAUGAGUCACAAGAAUGUUGAAGUUGAACAUUUAUACAUAAAAAAGAGAGUAUUUCUGCCACCAUUAAGUUUUUCAAAGUGACAUUUUAGGAGAGACUUAACUCUAUUCUCUAAAAUAAGAAAUGUCUGUUUUUAUUUGUGGACUUGCAGUGGUCUGAUUUAUCGAGUAGAUCUGCUGAAGUCUCUGCUUUAAGAUGGUGAGUGAUGCAAAAAGGAGUGUUGCACAGCAGAUAAAGUGUAUUGAACAGUGAAAAAGGUAGAGUGUGUUGUUUGGUAGAAAUGCCCGUGACAAUGCCUAGAAAGAAAUUCCUAUUGUACGGUAGAUAUCAUGGAACUGCAAAAUGGAAAAGGCUUAUUCCACAAAAAAUAAUAUUUAGUGGAGAAAAUCUGCACAUUUCACUGCAUAUAACUGAUGUUGCACUGUAAAAAGUUGAAUAUUGCACAAUAAUGAAGAAUUCUCUGCAGAGAAGAACUGUGCAGUAAAAAUUGUGUGCUGAAGAUGUAAACUUCUCCAUAAAAGUUUAAUGUAUAAUGUGCUGUGAAGGAUGUUAGAAAUUCACCGGUAGAAGUUGGAGAUUACAGAGUGUGUGUGUGCGUGCGUGCAAGCAAGCGUGCGUUUGUGCAUGUGUGUGUGUAUGUGUGUGUUGGUUGCAGGCGAGUAGUUGUACAUAUUUGAGCUCGGUGUGGUGAUGGCUCAGGGGGAGAAACUGUCUUUUCUUCUCUGUUUGUCGAAGUUCAUGUGGACCUGUAGAGUCUGCCAGAGGGCAACAGGUCAAACACUGGAGAUCCGUGUUGAAGUGCACGCAUUUAAAAUGUUAUUUGCAUGAAACUCCUCCAUUAUUAUGUAAUUAUUAGCCAGGUAAAACUUUAAAUUAAGCCUACUGGAACCUAAUUUUAAAGCCAAAACAGCUGACGGUCAGUUUUGCUGUUGAUACUUCAGGCCCAAAUUAUGGACGAGCUGUAAGUGCGUACAAGUGAAAAACUGCACAGCAGAUCAGCUGUCAGUUGUCCUGUUGGUGUUAACUCUGUUAGAUUGAACUCCCGCACACAAAAUACUCACAUGAAUAAUGAAUUAAAGUCGUCUUGAGCUCUUUCUCGUCUUGAGCUGAGUCUCUUUGUGUUUUUCAUGGUAGAAGCCACAGAGGAGGUGUCGUUGGACAGUCCAGAGAGAGACGUCCUGCUGUCUGACGGCCCGUCGCCCGCCAUCACCCCCAUCACCCCUCCUAUCUCUGUCAUCACUCCUCGCUUAGGCCACACCCACGACGACAUGUUCACACACUCCUCCUUCGACGAGGUAACUGCACCCACACAUUAUUUUUGCUCUUUGAGCUGGUUUGACUCAACCUUUCAGGUCUUGGUGAAAUUUACACUUUCUUGAUUCUAUCAGCCUUUUCCACAUUUGUCUCACCUCAUCCUUUGGCCUCCUGACCUUUUUCUUUUGACUUCACUUUGAGAGAAAGUUUGGAAAGUACUCUGGAAUCCUACUGAAGUGAUUCAGUUCUGUUUUCUUUAGAUUGAAGAGGAAGAGGGCGGCGAUUCAGUUGACAUGCACAUAUCGGUGUCCGACCCCGAGAAAGUUGGUGAGUCCACUCUUUGUAUCCUGGAUUAUCCUUGAAGAGUUUUAGGAGUUCUGCUUUGAAUGAUAUUUACACUUUUGAUAGUUUUGCAUGCAGAUAUUUCAAGCUUGUCUUCCUGCUUAUGUUUCUGCAAUAUCAGACUACAUUUCCCAUCAGCCCCCUCUUUGAUUACGACAAUUAAUCAGCUUCUCUAACCCUUCGCUGUCAGCAGAAACUCUGACUCGGCUGAGGUAGAAUGCAGAGGAGGCCUGCAGUGUUAUGUUGCUGCUCAUCAUAACUUAUUUUUGUACUAAUGCAUUAUUGAUGUAACAUCACCGCAGCCCUGUUAGUGCCCCCUGUAGGCUCUAAAGUGUCAUUACAGGCUUUUAAACAGAGAUGUCUGUAAGAUUGAUAUUUGAGCCGUACACUGACUCUUACUUCAUGAUCAUUGAGAGGUGCAGCUGUUAAUAACUCCACCUGAGCCCGUCAGUCCCUCUGUGUAAACAUGACCAAGGUUAUAAAGAUACACAGUCAACAGAACUGUUGUAACACUGAGCAAUUUGCUGCAAGAAAACAUUAGAAACCAGUUGAACCAGUCUGCAUCUCAGCUGAAUGUCAUGCACCAGUGUGUGUGUGUGUGUGUGUGUGUGUGUGUGUGUGUGUGUGUGUGUGUGUGUGUGUGUGUGUGUGUGUGUGUUUCAGGUGAUGGGAUGAACGCGUACAUGGCCUACAAAGUGACGACUAAGGUGAGAAUGGUAUCAAAGCAUUGAAAUGUCGUGUAGUAUUGGCCCAUCAGUAUAAUAUCAGUAAAAAGGAGACAGAAUAGCGAGUCGAACUGAGAAAAGGCAAAACAUGCAUGAAGAAACACAUGACAUCAUGAUCUUUUAUAAUUAACUCAAUUAAGACGUGACAACAUCUUUUUAAAAAAAUUUUAUGAUGAUGUUCAAAUGAACGAUUUAACCAGCAGCCCUCUAACUGAAACUUCUCUGGGGAGACGUUUCCUCAUGAAGUGAUUGUUUUUCUUCUUCUUUUAUGAAUGAAUACAGGUCAAUAAAUAGUAAGACAAUAAAAAAUGCUCAGUUUGAAGCGGCUCAAACUCUCACCUUAAUUUUGGAUUCACAAUAAGUCUUUAAAAUAAGUUGAAAAAGAGCCAAAUCAUCUCUCAAAGGGAUGCUACAGCUACCUCUGUGGUAGCUGCUGCUGCUUCCACUUUGUCUUUCCUAAAUAAAUAAAUACUUAAAUAAAUAACGUGAGAAGUUUUUUGACUUGAAACUCAGAAUUAUUAGACAAAAGUUAGAGUCCCAUGUAGGAUGUAUAUAUGAGUUUAUGUUUGAUACAAUAAUAAGAACUUCAAACUAUGAGGAUCUCACAGUAUCGCAGUAGUUUAAUUACAUAUGUGAAUUAGACGGCGUCUUUUUUGGCUCCCUUGCUCAGGUUUAGUGACUCAUGUGUGAGUCAGACCCUGUAUGUAAUGAGGUCUACAGGACACGGUCCUAACCUCCAAACCUUACAGAAGUGUCAUUCCCUUAUUAAACAUUUUUCACAAUGGUUAUGAUCUCAGGUAAUUUAGAGUUGAACAAGUAAUAAUGACGAUUAUAACUGAAAGUAUCGUACUGUUGAUUGUCUAGUUCUUACUUUUGCAACCUGAAAAACAUUUAAGUUUUCUUUUCUUGACUUCAUAAACUCAUUUUGCUAACAUUUCUCUCUCUCUCUCUCUCUCUCUCUCUCUCUUUCUCUCUCUUUGUGUUUCUUGUUCAGACUUCCAUGUCUAUAUUUAAGUCAAAUGAGUUUGCAGUAAAAAGGCGAUUCAGUGAUUUUCUGGGCCUGCACAGUAAACUGGCCUCUAAGUACCUGCAUGUAGGCUACAUCGUGCCUCCAGCACCAGAGAAGAGCAUUGUGGGUAAGUACAGAUCGACAAUUUAAAAUCAAUAAUAAUAAUAAUUUUUAUAUUCAAGUAAAGUGAAGUAAAGGAUGAUUGAACAGGAAAUAAAUACAGACAGAUGAAUGAAAUUUGAGAUAAAAUGUUAAAAUUGAAAUGAAAUCACUAAAUCAAAGUGUUUCUAUAAAGCUGUGUCUUCAUAAAUGAGGAGUCUAGAUUUUUCAUGAAAACAAAAUAUUAUCAGAUUUAUUAAUCAUUGAAGAAAGUUUUCUGUUAUCCAUGACUUGAUUUCUGUUGCACACCUGUUAAAGAAGCCUGAUGUUUGAUAAGUCACUAGCUCGGAUGUGAAGUUGUGUGUCAUCUGCAUGAAAAAUGAAAUUGCCAAGAGGUAGCACGUAAAGUGAAGAUAGUUUUGGGCCCAGAUGUUCACCUUGAGGGACUCCCUAAAGUAACAUUGCCAUUGUUGUCGAGACAGCAGCACACCUAGUUCUGUCGAUGUGAUAUGAACCAAUCUAAAGCCACAUCACUAACACCGGCCUGCUUUUCCAGUCAGUCACUGAGUAUUUUAUGAUCCACAAACACAGCCUUUAUCAUUUUCUUUGUACUUUAGUUAAAAUUAUUAAUCAAGAUUUUUCACACAGUACGUCAAAUCAAACGCCAAGGUACAUGUCUAAGGGUAGGAAAGGUAGAGCUACAUUUGGAGGAAGUAAUCGAUGACUCUUUUAUAAGACAGUUUUCAUGUUUGGACAUUUGUGUGUCCAGCUUCUAUAAUAUGAGAUUUUAAAAUUUUUCUCUGGAGGAUUUGAUUUAUUUCAUAAGUAUUUCUGAAAACGUAGUUAGGCUUUCGGUUUUAGACAAAGAAAACUUUGUAAUGGCGUCACUUCAGCCCCUGGAUCAUUGUGCAAAAGUCUGUAAAAAUUAUCAGAAUGUUUACAAUCCAAACAUUAGAGGGAUUAGUGAGAAAAUAAUCAGCAGAUUAAUCCAGUGAAGAAUCUUAAGCUGCCGUUCUAUACAAAAAAGUUCAAAUGAGCUCAAUUUUUAAAGGUGAAACAGCUUGUCAAAUAUGAAAAGAAUGAGUGGAUUUCAUCAUCUACAGUCCAUAGUUUCAUUCAUAUAUUAAAAAAAUCCGGAGAAAUCUCUGUACUAAAGGGACAAGGACUAGAUGGUCCUGAUCUUCAGUCCCUCAGGCAGCACUGCAUUAAAAACUGGCAGGACUCUGGAGUGGGAAUUACUGCAUGGGCUCAGAAUCACAUUAAAAACCAUUGACUUUAAACACAGUUCAUUGCUUCAUUCAUAAAUGAAAGAGGAAACCAGACAGGGACAGAAUCCAGAAUACCUCUCGGGUCUGUCGUGGAAACCUGUCCAGUGGUCUUGGAACAACUUUUUUGAAACAUUGUGCCGUUAAUGAAUUUAAAUUUGAUAAUCAUAUUUUCCAUUAGACAACAUAAAAAAAAAACUCCAGUCCUGUCAGUGGAGGACUGUGUUACACUUCUUCUCAUCAGUGUUCAGAAAACAAACGAGUAAAUAUUCAAAUGAUGAAAAUGUCAUGUGUUUGAAGAAGAUCCUCAGAGUUUGCUCUGUAAGCUGUCUUUGUUUACAGAUCAUCUCUCUAUAUGUUUGUUAUGUAAAUGAUUUGUGUCAGUUUUUGUCAUGAGUCCAGGUCAGUUAUGUUAACGAGCAUCUGUCUCCUCACCUGCAGGGAUGACUAAAGUGAAGGUGGGGAAGGAGGACCAGUCGUCCAAUGACUUUGUGGAGAAGAGGAGGUCGGCGCUCGAGAGGUAAAAAAAAGUGUUUUUUACUGCAUGACACCAUUAUUAACUUUAUUAAUAAACUUCACUCAUUUAAUUUAUAAAUACAUUUUAUUCAAAAACUUAACUCAUAAACUUCACUGACUAAUUUUACCAAUACAAAUAUUUACCUACAGUAUGUCACAUAGAGAGUCCCUGAUACCUGAUUAGUUCUGUGCGUGUGCAGCUCUUUGCUGCUGCUCUCCCUGCCUCAGGCCUUGGCAGUCCUCAUUCUCAUGACAGAUCCCUGACUCAUACCAACAGUUUGAACAAAUAACAUGAAUAUGAAACAGUAGUUCAGAAUGAAAUGGUGAAAAGAGCAUAAAAAACAGUUCAAUAAGCAGGGUUGAUGGAAGUUUCCCAAAAAGUCACAUUUGGUUGGUGUGUGAGUAAGAGUCUGACUUUUUAAAGUCUAUUUUUUAUACACCUUUUGUAAUUAUGAUUUAGAAGUGUGUGUGUGUGUGUGUGUGUGUGUGUGUGUGUGUGUGUGUGUGUGUGUGUGUGUGUGUGUGUGUGUGUGUACAGUCUAUUUAUGUGUAUUGAAUAUUGAGGACACUGGUGAGAAGUGGGCGGGGCUGACAUUCUGCUGCCCUUUACUGUUGGGGUUUGAUUGACAGGAAGGUCAGCCAGUGACAGCUGAUGGAGCUCAGACCAGCAGAACCUCACACUGAUGGACAAACAAACACAGAGUUCAAAUUUUAAUCCUAAAACAGAAGUUCAGCCUGUAAGUUUGGGUUAAUAAAUCAGAAUCCUGGUGAUAAAAAAGGGAUAGGUUAACCUCUUUAACCUCUUUUGCACAGAGUUUAGCAUCCUUUAACUAGCUCCUCGUUUGUGUUUCAGGUAUCUGAUGAGGACGGUGAAACAUCCCAUCCUGCUGAAGGACCCUGAUGUUCUGCAGUUCCUGGAGAGCUCAGAGGUAAGUGAUAUUCCUGUUAAUAUCUAAAAAAAGUUGAAGGAUAUGCUGCCUGUCCCUUUAUAGAAUAUGUGUGAGGAAUCAUGAGAGAGGGGUGAGCUGCCCUUAUCACUUAGGAAUGCACUUUUAAAUUUUUAAAACCAGGAAAACCUUCUACUAAGUGUGAGUCGUACUGCCCUGUCUCUUCGAUCAACAAUGAUGCUAAGAUAUAACAAAAGGCUAACCUUUCCUCCAGGAAUACUAUUGAGCAGCCCAACUAAGAGCAGCUGCAUAUUGGUUUGAGCCUAAAACAGUAUUGUAUUGAGUGAUGAUGUUGGCGAUCACAACCCCUACAAUCCCCUUAAGUUUAGAUCUCUACUUAACAAACUAUCACACCCUGAAAAAAACUCACGUUAAACCCCUUUAUUAGAAAUACUCUGGUAAUAUGGUUUGAUGUGUUAAAUUACCUAAAAGAAGGCACUAAUGAUUUGGGUUUUAAGUUCUAAGAAGAUAGAGGUGUCAGCAGAGUGUCAGACCUUUCAUCACAGAUGGCAUCUCAUAGUGCAGCAUAAUAAAACAGAGAUAAAGUCGUAUGUAGGCUGUUUAUCUGGUUAAACAUAAAUAAUUAGGAAAUUAGUCAUCUUGGAGAGCCCUGACUUUCUUCUUCUCCCGUUUUCUUUUGACUGUUGCUUCUUUGGAGUCAUAAUGAAAGUUAGAUUUUUAUACAUCAGGUAUAAAAUCAGGUUUGAGUCCAGUCUGAACCAGAUCCAGACUCUUAGACUUUUUCCCCUGAAGACACCCAAAGCUCCUCUUCAGAUGAGGCAAAAACGACUAACCAGCCCCCCAAACAAAGAAAAAACUCUGCCUGACUUUUUCCAUCCCAUUCCAUUUCUUUAUCCAGCGAGCAGAGAAACAACCCGACAAGGUCAAAGCGGCGAGUCUUUGCCUGCAGCCUAGACUCUAAAAACUGCCUCAGGGUUUAAGGGCCUGCGGCGUCCCCUGUUUCCUCACUUUAUUUUCCACUCAGACUAAAUCCUCUGUAACGUUUGGUCUUGUUGGAUCUGACCCGCCCUCCUCCUCCUCCUCCUCAUCACUAACCGUAGAGGAGGGAUUGCAUGGGGAGGGGCCAGCAGUUGUUGGGUCCAGAAUAAAUGGCCUCAUGUCACAGAUUUAACAGAUGAAUCACUCGGACGGCUGACCGAGCGUGUCGACUGGUCCGGACCGCUUAAUGAAACACAACCAGAGGGAAAAGGAGGGGGAGGGGUCUGACCAGGUUACAAUUGAAAGCUAUUUUAACCCCCGCCUCCUCUCAUUUACCCUCGUCCCUCCGUCAGAGAGAGACCCCCGGGACCGAGCGUCCCCUUGGUGCAGCCGCGACUGUUAAAUGAGAUUUAGGGGAGGGGGGUAAAUCAGCUCCAGUGCCGGAGGAAAACCCUGUAUGUCUGAUAAAAAUGUAAACUUUUCCAAAAUGAAGAAAAAUGAGCCUGUUUUCAGAGGGACGUCCGGCCCACCUCAGACUGACAGGAGGGGGUCUAGGGUGGCUUUUGCACAUAAAGAGGCUGCUUUUAGUGCGAUUGGAGGUAAAACGUGGGAGACAUUACAAUCAGGGAGGAAGAGUACAUGGGGAGAGUUCAGGAGGAGAGAACGGAAUUGAAAUAGAUGACAAGAACAGUCAAAGACAGAAAAUAUAAAUGGGUUUUCUACACGUGUGCCAUGAUUUUUGAGAGCAGGGUUAAAAGGAAAGAUUCUGUCCUCAUGUGAACACAGAAAUGGUGAAAAGUGCUCUUAGAGGCACGCUGGGCCAGUAAGUGGCGGUAAUGUGUAACAAGUCAGUCAAAUAAAACACCAUGAAGAACAUUGUGUGCGUGUGUAUGUCUUUGAUGAACCGUGGUAAACAGGGAUGUUUCAGCUGUUCUUGUUUCUUUGUUUUUAUUUAUUGUUUGUUUGUUUGUUGUCCAGUUGCCGCGGGCCGUCAGCACUCAAGCCCUCAGCAGUGCCGGACUCCUCCGUAUGGUUAACAAGGCCGCCGACGCCGUCAACAAGAUGACCAUCAAGAUGAAUGAGUCGGAUGCUGUGAGUGAAUGAAGGAGGAGAGGAGGGAAGGAGGGAAGCAAAGGAGAGGAAAGAAAAGAGGAAAAUGAGGUCUUAUUCCAAAGAGGGGAACCAAGGUCACCGGGAAAAACAGAAUCUAGGAAAAUAGAUAAAGAAAGUGGGAUAAUGGAGGAAAAGAAGAAAGGGCUGAAGAGACAUGGUUGGGAAGCUGAAACAUAAUGAAAAAGGGAUGUGUGGAGACAGAUACUGGAAGGUGAAGAAGGAAUUAGGGGGAACGAAAAGUAGAACGAAGAGGAGGAAGGAAAAUAUCAAGGUGGAAAUAUGGAUAUAAGGAAAAAGUGAGGAUGCAAUAAGGAGGCGGGAAAAAAUGAAAGAAUGAGACACGAAAAAGGGGAAUCGAUGCUGGAAUGAAGGAAAGAAUCAGAAAAGGAGGAUUAAAGGAAAGAAUAAAGGAGUUUUAGGUUAUUGUAAAAUUUAAGGUUAUAUUCCUGUUUUGACCGUUUUUGAAGAGUGAACCUGCCCAUGCUGAAGUGUGCAUUUACCUGUAUGUGUGUUCAUGUGUGUGUUUGUGUGUCAGUGGUUUGAGGAGAAGCAGCAGCAUUUUGAGAAUCUGGACGUUCAGCUGAGGAAACUUCAUGUCAGUGUGGAGUCUCUGGUCUGUCACAGAAAAGGUUCGAAACCCUCUGACUGUCUUUCUUCCUUCUAAUAUCUCCUUAUUGUCUCUGUUUGAGAAUCUCACAGUCCCUCUUUAUGACCAGGUCCAGUUUUUAUAAUGAUACGUAGUUUUAGUCUGAGAAAAUGAUUUAUCAUCAUGUUUUCUGUUUUAUUUGUGUGACAAAGCCCAAGGCGGGGAGAGCAGCAGCAAAGUUCAUGUCUGUGUAUUGGUCCUUUCUUUACAUGAAGUAUUUUAUCUUACCGAAUGAAAACACCCAUUUCUCUGUUUGCUAGUUUGAUGAAAACUGUGUAUCCAUCUAAAUCUAAUCUUUAUUUGAACUCAGAGAAAAGAUGGAGAGUUUUUAGAGCGAAGUUAGCACUGAGACUACUUCUACUGCAGCAGGUCUCUGUAUUUUGAAGGACUGUUUCUCUGCUGUAUUGUAUUUUCAUGCCAGGCUGUUUCAUUCAUUAUCUCCGCAGAGCUGUCAGUGAACACGGCACAGUUCGCCAAGUCGGCGGCCAUGUUGGGGAACAGCGAGGACCACACAGCUCUGUCUCGGGCUCUGUCCCAGCUGGCCGAGGUGGAGGAGAAAAUCGACCAGCUGCACCAGGAUCAGGCCAACGCAGACUUCCAUCUCUUCUCUGAGUUACUUGGCGACUACGUCCGCCUCAUCACCGCUGUCAAGGUACGAACGAAGUCUGUCUGAAUGCCAGGGGCACAAACUGAGCAUCUGAGCAUGGGUGGAGAAAAGAGAAUGAAUCUGUAGGUGGAUUUGGUGAAAUUCAGACCAUGAAGGUAAAAAGUGUUGACUCUGCUGUGCUGAAUUAUUGAUCCAACCUGCUGUCUGAGCUGCUGGACGCUGAACACCUGAGUGCAGGUAGGAACAAGACAAGAAGAGUGAAGUAGAGACAAGUAGAGUAGAAUUAAACUAGGUGAAAACGUGUCCUUUAUUUUGCUGUGGACUAGUCCACUGGUAGAUCAAACCUUGACCCUGUGAUCCCUUUAAUUAGAGUCUAGUCAUUGUACUACAUGUCAUAUACUCUGUCCACCGAGAGAGUGCCAAAAUCCACACAGACUUAAAGAUCUUCAAAUUUUCCCUAAAUCAGAUUUUUCAUUUUCAAUAUUGAACAUAUUAUAGUGCUUAUAAAGACUUGGACCCCCUUUACUCUUUUCUGCAGCUCCAGCAUUUCCUCAGUGGAGGUUUAAUCCUUUGUUGGUCUAAUACUAACGGGAUGAGAUCAUGACGGCAUUGAUUCAGCGAGAGAAAAUGUUUGAGACUGUCCUAAGCUUCUGUUUCUGAAAAUCUUGACACUUUCUCUGUGUUUCUUCUCUCAGGGUGUGUUUGAUCACCGUAUGAAGACGUGGCAGAAGUGGCAGGACACUCAGUUGCUCCUGCAGAAGAAACGAGAAGCUGAAGCCAAACUGCAAAACACCAACAAACCAGACAAACUGCAGCAGGCCAAAGACGAGAUCAAAGAGGUGAGACUGAAAACCAGAUAUAUACUAGUAACAAUCACAGUCAUGAUCAAUAUUUUUAAGAAUACACCAACUAAUAGAGUCAGUAUGGGAGAGAUUCAAUAUUCCAGGUUCCUCAUGUGGGGCGUUAUUGAAAUAACCUGUCGAUGUCAAAUUCACACUGAUGCUCGAGUAAAAGUUUUAAAUUUCAACAACAACAGAAAAGAAAACGUUUAUCUCUGAUCGAAAGAAGCGAGCCACACCUGAAGGGCUGCACUCCCUCCAGCUGAGUCAUGAUGUGGGAAGAAACGGAGUACGAUAAAGUAUCAGAUCUUUGGACUCUGAUUUUUUUUGUGUCAACUGUUUCCUUACGAGCAACUUCUGUCUAAUAUCUGAUCCAGAAAAUGGCACGAUAGGUAGAUUAACUGAAUCGUGCAGCCACAUCUUUGUUCUUCACUAUCUGUGGUGCAGAAUCCAAAGGUCUUCCACACAGAGUUUCUCAGAUAUUUGCUGCCACGACUGUUCACUCCGGUCAGCAUUGAUUACAGUGCACAUCCUCUGUACCUCUAGAAAACAUCCCUGUGUUCAUUUACUGAGGUCACCAGUGCCAUUCAUUUGUCAGAUCCCAAUGGAAAAAAGUACUUUGCUGGAUCAGUCAGCAAGUGACUCCAAAUGGUCUGAUGGGCUCAUAAACUUUGUUUUGAAUACACACAGCUCAUCAUGGUUUAAAUUAGCUUCUUUUCUCUGAGUUUAAACAAAGACUUGAAUUUUAAACAAAGAUGAAAGUCAUAUUUGUCAUAAUUGAGCAGCCCUACCAUCAGAAUGUCACAACUCAAUGAAUUAAUAAAUAAAAGUAAUUCACACUGUAAUUCAAACUGUAAUAUACACUAUAAUAUACACUGUAAUUUACACUGGGAUUGAAACCGUAUUUCAAACCAUCAUUAAAACCGUAAUUUACACCCUAAUAUACACUGUAAUUGACACCAUAAUUCAAACCGUCAUUAAAAUCGUAAUUUACUCUGUAAUUUACACCAUAAUUAACACAAUAUUUUACACUCUAAUUCAAACUGUAAUUGACACCAUAUUUCAAACUGUCAUUUCAAUCGUAAUUUACACCCUAAUUUACACUGUAAUUUACACCAUAAUUCAAACCAUCAUUAACACAAUAUUUUACACUGUAUUACAAACUGUGAUUUACACUGUAAUUUACACUGUAAUUUCUGCCAUAGUUUACACCGUAGUUUAAAUUGACUUCAAAUGGAGCACAGCUGUGGAUGGGGCAGCAGCACUGGUCAUCACCUGUGUCUUCACAUGUCUGUUUAUGGGCGACUCAUCUUAUUUGACAGACACGGAAAUAUUUGUUUGACUCUAUUCUGUUACCCUCUCCUUAUUAUCCUUUACUGAUUGUAUUUACAUCAAUAAACCCAACGUACUAUGAGUAUAGUGUAUAACUGUGUAUCCACCGUGAAGGUCAAAGUCCAGGUUUAGCUGAUGAAGUGAAACGAUGCUCACACGAUCCUCUCUCUUCUCUUUAAGCUGCUGGUGUGUCCAGUUAGAGAAAACGAGCGCGCCUUCACGGCUCAGUCAUGUGAAAACUUUUUUUUAAACAUAAAUCUUGUUUUCUUUGAGUCUGCAGACAAACUCAGAACGACAAACAAGAGCAGAGUGAGCAGAAAAGUACUUUAUUAGAGCGUUUGUUGAAGCUGUCACCACACAAAUUCAUCCUCCCUGUCAGAGAACACACACACACACACACACACACACACACACACACACACACACACACACACACACAUAGAGCGUGGUCGGGGGUCUGCUCUGGUGUUAGAGCCGAGGAGCUGUCAGAUGUGUUGGAGGAGGACGGGGGAGUUUUGGGGGAGGCUGUCAGGAGCUGGAGACGAGGACAGAUCGCAGUAGAGUUACAACCAACAUUUAUUUGAGAGUUUUGCUGCCUGUCAGGAGUCGGAGUUUGGGUUUGACAUCAGCAACAGAAAACACAGAGCGGCUUUUUCUGCAGCCAAAAACAGAGAGGAGAGUUUUACUUCAUAUGGCUCAGGUGACGGUGCUGAAAACCUGCAGAGCGAACCUUGCAAAGGACAGAGUUACACCCAAAGAAGAGCUUUUUACCCUGAUUCAUUAUCUACCAAGAGAGGGGAGUGAGGGAUUUCUGAAGGGCUUUAACCAUUAUUUUAUUAAAUCAGUUAUUAUGAGUACAGACAAAACAUGUCUAAUUCGGUCUAAUUUAAGCAAGUAUUUAAAUUACUUGUGAUGAGUAAAAUAACAUCAUAAGAAUAUAAUAAAAGGUUUUUCUUUUUUAAAGGAGCCUGAAAAGAGGGUUUUCUCUUUCACUCAUUACGAGCAUCGUACAUAUGUGUGUAAAUAAGACAUAAGACAUUUCCUGCCUUUGUCAGGAUGGAUGUGGCUCAAAUGAAACUCAGUAAGACGUUACUGUUUGACCGGAAAUAAGACAAACUAACUCACUAACAUUCGACUUUUAAGAACGAAUGUCAAAAAAACAGCACAAAAAUGACUACAAUGACAUCGGCAUAAUGUUGAUAAAAUGUAGCGAGUAGACACUUAAAGAUUAAAAAAUGUUUUUUAUUAUCAUAGGUGGUAAAAUCAAAUGUCCGGGCUGGCUCUAAAACAAACAGACUGUCUCCAUAAAACUACACUGUAAAUUUGUCAUGUUUUAGCUCAAAAGGCUCUUUUAAUUUUCUAAUUUACGGUCCAUUUAGAUUUUCUCCCAAACAUAAAAAAAUGAAAUUUAAAAUGAUGUUCUGAACCAAAUUACUCAGGACCUGUAAAACCUUCUCUCUUUCGAGUCUCUCUUCUGUGGCUCUGAUUCUAAAACCACACUGCCCCCUGUGGGCUGAUAACAGCAACAACAGUGCAGCUGUUUGUGCAGGAAAACCAGUGCUGUUAGAAAACAGUUUUAAAUCAGGAGUGACUUUUUGAUUCACGUGGUUUCACUGUGAAUAUUUCAUACAUCAGAAGCUAACAUGACUGAACAUGCUUAGGGUCUAGUAUAUUAGUUGUGUUUUCAUGACGCACCUGAUUAUCUGAUGCUCCAGGUGAGCUCCUUUCCAAGCCCUGUUUCAUGACAGUUUUCUCAGAAAUCCCCCCACACUCACAUAUAUUGCUGAUCGUAAACAUUGAAACAUGUUAAAUAUUUGGGACGUCUGGUCAGGGAGGCUUCAAUUGUUUACAGACCUCACAGCUCACAACACUCAGGCCAGAUAAUAUCCCGAACCAUCAGAUGAUUGGGCUUUUACCGACUUUAGUCAGGAGGGAAGAAUCAGGCUCAGAACCAGGAGGGUUAUCUUGUAGUGUGUCUUUAGCUCUGCUGCUGUUGUCACAUGGAUUAUAGGACAGGAUGUCCCAUAAUCAAAGAUGGUUGGGGGUCCAGCAGCUCCUCAGACUGGUCUCAUAUCUGUGCAGCAUCACAUUAUCAUUACCUCCACUCUCAAGACAAUAAUGGGUGGGAUCAGACUGUACCUGGUGUAGAUUUAAGGACAAAUCCAGGCGAGUAGUCCCACCCUGAAUCUCUCUGCUAAACUCAAACCCCCCUGAUUGGAGCUCCAUAUUUAUCAGGUGUGAGAUGAAGCCAGAUUUCCUCAAAUCCAUAUUAGAUAAUGUCGAGUUCUGUAAGAGUGUCUGAGGGAGGAAUUUUUCCGUUUAUCUGUAUUUUCUUUGCUCAUGUCUGCGGAUCUUCCUCUUUGAUUUUUGGAAGCUCUGAACAUUUUUUUCCUGCCUCUUUAAAUUUUGUUGCAUUUUCCCCGCCAUGCCUUCCCGCUACCCAGGAGAUUGAGGAGGUAGGACCUGCCCCUGUCUUUUCAUCUAUCUAUCUACCUGUCUGUCCUUCGGUCUGUCUGCAGCUCUGUGUCCUCCACCUGCCUGCCUGCCUGCCCCACACCUCUUUAGUUGCACUGUUUGCCUCUCAUCCACCACUCUGUUUUUACAGCACCGUUCAUUUUCUGUUUGUUCUGUUGCUGUUUUUCACCUCCACUGUUGAACUGUCAGCCAUCACAUGAACUUGUUUGUCAAUAAAGCUUGUGUUUAUUCGAAAUCCGCCCUUAAGGAGCAGGUUUAUUUAGAGUAUCAGGGUUUAACUUAAACCUUUAAAGUAAGUAGACAAACUCUUUCAUGUGACGGCUCAGAUCAUUUACUUAAACAAGUGUUUGUUUUCAUCCUCACGGCUCAUUUAACCAAAUAUAACAACUAAUAAAACCAGCAAGUGAAGCUUAUCGAAUCCCACGGCCUUUAAGCUCUCAUAUAACUGUGUGGUUGAUGUGUUAAUUUCAUCAAUAUCAGUAACUCGACCUUAGUAUAACCACGUUUCUGAAAGACCCAGCCUUUGUGACUGUUUUUUUUAACUUUUUAAAUGGGAAUAUUACAAAAACUAAACAAAAUACUGGAUCUGUAAAAUUGUAUUGCUUCAUGAAAAACAUAUGCUCUAAUGUUCUAAAAAAGUGGAUUUCACUUUUCAAUAAGGGACAGUCAGGACUACAUCAGUCCAGUUUCUCAGCAGGACUCCUCUCCUACUGAUCCUUGCUGUUGUAGUCCCUGUUGUCAGAAUGUGGUUUGUCAUUGUCCUCCUGAAAUAUAAAGGUCUUCCCUGCAAAAGUCUUUGUCUGGAUGUCAGCAGAUGUUGCUCCUAAACCAGAUAUUUCUCAGCAUUAAUGGAGCCUUCACAUGACAUGGACUCUGAUGAUCCUUGUACCAUCAGGGAUGCUGGAUCUGGACUGGGAGCUGAGCAGAGGCUGAGUAGACCCUCUACUCUUUAGAGAGGAGGAUGCACAGUUUAAAAAAAAAAAAAAAAAAAAUGUCAAUCAGCCCACAGGACAGUUUUUGAUUUUGCGACAGACCAUCUUAAGUGGACUCCAGUCCUAAUAGGUCUUCUAGAUCCUGUUUCUAUCUGUUUUCCUUUUUAUAUGGUUCAGUUUUAAGCUCAUUUGUGAAUGCAGUGAUGAACUGUAUUCACAGUCAGUAGUUUUUGAGGUGAUUCUGAGUCCAUGCCAUGAUUCCCACUCCAGAGUCCUGUCCUGUUUGAAGAUCAGGACCAUGCAGUCUUGGUUUUGGUCCUUGUCCCUUUUGUACAGAGAUUUUUCCAGAUUCUCUGAUUCUACUGUAGAUGAUAAAAUCCACUCAUUCAUUCACAAUUGACCCUCGGGAACAUUAUUCUGAAACUGUUAAACUAUUAACUCACACAGUCUCUCACAGAGCGGUGAACCUCUUCCCAUCUUUUCCUCUGAGAGACUCAGCCUCUCUGAAAGUCCUUUUUAUACCCAGUUAUGUUACUACCCUGUAGGAAAUAAAUCUUUAAGUCAUCAGAUCAUCAAAUUUAAAAUGAGCAGAUUUUUCAUGAAAUAAUGAAAUUUUUUGGUGACUUGGUCACAUCAUAAGUUGUUAAGUCCGCUUACAGAAAAGUUCAUGAUUUCAUAAGAUAUUCACUGCAUGUCACAUUAAUGUAGCUCUGAGUGGUCUUUAUUAGAAUUCCCAGAUAAGUGUGUAUUCAAAUGAGAUUAGAAAUCGAACAUCUUUUUUUUUUAACAUAGAUUAUGUCAACCCCCCCCCCCCCCCCCAUAAAUAAAUAAAUAAAAUAGAAUAAACAAAUACAAUAGUGGAGUCACUUAGUCUGGAAAGCAUAUUUCUCUUGUUCAGGAAAUGUGACCCUUAAAUGACAGUUAUUGAGGAUUUGUAGGAAGAAUAAUAGAUGAUGUGUUUAUUUAAUGCUCAGAUGGAGGAAUCAAGUUCCUCCUCUAAAAAUAAAGGAUCCACUUAACAAAAUAAUGAACAUUUUUGUUUUUGUUGUGUUUCUGUGUUGUAGCUGGAGGGGAAGGUCCAACAGGGAGAGAGAGACUUUGAGCAAAUCUCCAAAACCAUCCGUAAAGAAGUCAGCAGGUUUGAGGUGAGACGACGAAUGAAAUAAAUAAAAGACAGUUAAAUAAAUAUAACUCUUUUACUGCGAUUCAAAUCUUAAAGGCUUUUGUUUUUUUCAUAAAUAAAAAUGUGAAUUAAAUUUUUCCAAACAGAAAGAACGAGUGAAGGACUUUAAAACCAUCAUUAUUAAAUAUCUGGAGUCUCUGGUUCAGACACAACAGCAGGUAAAUAUUCACUGUACUUUAAUUAUUAUUGUUUUAAUAGAUGAAAUAUCAAGAGGUGGUCAGUAUUCAAAGGUGUAUAUGUGGGUAAAACUGUAUUUUAAGCUAAAAUUAUAUAGAAGUCUAAUGUUGGCAAUUUUAAAGUCUUAUUUUUAUUCUACAAAAUUUUAUAUUUACAAAAAUCAAAGAAUCUAAAUUUAUUUUUAUAUAAAUUUAAAUUUUUUGGUACAUUUUUUUCCCGUUAAAUGUUUAGCAUGAUUAAACCAUUCGGCCUAAAUGGUGGCCUUUUUGGAUUUAUUUUGAUAUUUUUUAAAUUUUGGUGCGAUUUUUCAAUUUUUUGUAACAUUAAUCAAUUAAAAAAAUGUAAUGUGAAUUAAACCAGGCUUCCUUGUUUUCACCUUUAUUUCAUUUUAAUGUGGUUUGUUGUCUUUUUUCUCUCCUCACAGCUGAUUAAAUAUUGGGAGGCCUUCUUACCUGAGGCAAAGGCCAUCUCAUAGAGUCCACACAAACAUAACGGACAGUCCUGACUGGCUCCGGUCAAACUACACCACCCAUAAUGCACCUGUCCUCUCGGAUCACCUUUAUCCUCCUGUGCAAGCCUGGAGUGAAGAAGAGAAGUGACUUUUCUGCAGUAAAAGAAAAAAAUCAGCAACAAAACUCAGCCAAAUAUCUCUUAUUUCUCUUUUUAUUUCAGCUGAACUUCAGGCUGUGUUCAAGUCCUGCGGGAUUUAUCAGUCUCCCGAUUUAAUUAAGUUUUGCACUCCUAAUGUUGUUACUAUCUUAGCAUUUGCAGAAUUUCUGGGUUCAGAGAAAAUAUGAUAUUUAAGCCCCUGAAACCUGCCGUGAUUUAAUUUUUGAUCCUGUGUGACUUGAAUGCAGCACAGAUUUAAACACUGGUGAUGGCUUUUUUCUUUUAGAUUUAGAUUCUUGAACAGUGAACAUUUAUACAACCACAUCUCUUUGUCAAUGCUUUUGACCACACACACAGGGGAAUAUGAGAGGUGUUAUGGUGGAGGAAUCACACACUUGAAGAGGUUUAAUUUAAAAAGAAAGACCAAAGUUUUCCUCAAUAUUACAGAUAUCCACAUCAAACCGUAAAGAAAUGUUAUUUUUCCCAUUAGCGGGGUCUUAAAAUGGAAGAGAGUCGCUCUAGCUAUUAAACAUAACACGGGAAAAGAUCAAUGUAAAAUUGAUCAUAAAUAUGAUUAUCAUGAAAUAAGAAAAAAAAAUACAUUUUGAAAAAAAGUUGAAAAAAAAGAAGAAACAGUUAUGAUACACUGAAAUCCUGAGUUUAAAAAAAAUAAUAUGGGUAUCCAACUUUCGAAAUACAGAACCCAAAUACGGCCAUGGGUUUUUCUCUUUUUUUAUGCACUGUUAUCUCAAGAAAAUGACUUAACUUAUUAUCUCGAUAUAACAAAGAUUGUUUUCUCAUGACUGUGGAGAUGGCAUUGAGGCUGACCUCAACUGUAACUUUUAAAAACGCCCUUCAGAUUAGGAUAUUUCUGAAAUGCUGCAGCCACCUUUGUCAACAGCAAGUCAGGGUUUUCAAUGAAAACACUGAUGGCGCGCUCCAUUUUGCGCAUGCACAUUACACUUGCAAUGAUUUGCGCAGGGCAGUUAAAUCUCCCCAUGUUGAAAGGUGUUCCAAAGUGCAUUGAUUGGAUCACUUUGGUUGCAGUGAUUUAUGGGUAAUAGAAUUAACUUCUUAAUGCAGCUUUUGCCGUUGUUUGUUUUUCAAGAAAGCAGAUAAAUUAAUUAGUGUUUAAAAGCAGGAGUGUAAAAAUGAAAAAAAGACACUUCAUUAAUUUCACUAUUGGUUGUUUUGCCAGCGGCACUAAAUUUGAGAUAAACAGGAAUAUUAUUCAUCAGAAAGUGUUUAUUUAAAUGUAAAGACAUAUAUUUUAUUUCAACUACGUUGGCCUUAAAUGUAUGGAAGCAGAUUCUUAAAAAAAAAAAAAAGUCCAAGAGAAUUGUCAAAAUUCACAAGAUUUUUAGACAUAUUCCAAAAAUCAAAAUUAUCAAAAAUCUAAUUUAACAAAAAGAAAAUCUGUGAGUUUAGGUCCUUAACCCAAAAGAGGUUGUCGAGACAUUUCAGUUUUUCUUCUAAGAUCAGUUGUAACUGAUUUGUAGCCCCCUUCUACUUUCUGCCCAGCAACAGAAUCUGGAGUUCUCUGAUUGGAUGUCUGUGGGUGGCGCUUUGCGCCCUCAAGGUUUUUUAAUAAGCAGCUUUUUGUUCAAGCAUUUGAAAGCAGGGUGGGAAAUAAAAAAAAACACCUAAAUUUUCCGUCAUUACCCAUUAUCAGUCGUUUUUAUAUGCUAGUAAUGCUGAAAGCACUAACAGCUUUUAUAUUGAGCUCAACAGCAGCUUAACAAUGAAGCUUAAUGACACCAUGAUGAUUUUAACUCUCUGUGCUUUUAUUUUGAAGAUAGUUUUACAACUGAUUUGAAGUCAGAAACUCACUGCAGCUUUUGCUAUUUUAUGUCUUGUAUGACCUGUCAUCUGUUUAAUCAGCUCACUUCCUGCAUACCUUUCAAAAUAAGAACCUUUCUUUAGUUUUUGUUGCUGUAUGAUCGGAAUGUGAAGGCAACACUUUGAGUUUCUGUCCUCUUUAAGCUGAUGUGGAGGAAGAAGUUUGCGUCCUGGUUCAGCUAAACCCUGAGGCUCACACUGCGAGAUGUUUGUGUGUAGUAGACUUAUUUAGUGCACCAGAAUUACAGGGCAGCUUGUCUCACUAUUAGUGUUUUUAUCAUAGUAGGCCUUAAAUGCUGGACACAUGUUGUGUCUAUGCUACCUGCCACUAGAGGGGGUCGUUAGUCUGAAUAAUGGCUGCUGCCAUGACGCUGUAAUGCUCACUACCCGCAUUUAAACACGCACAGAUGACAUCUUUAGUAUGCCUUGAUUUGUAGAAAUUAUCUACCAGCUGAUAACUGAUGACUCAUUCUAAAAAAGUAAGAAAAAGCAGUUUCUUUAGCGUCUGGUCUGACACCUAAAAUUCCUCAUUUGAGUUGUAACCUGCAGUAUAGACCUCAGGAUGGUGGUGCUAGCUCUGCUAAUGGUAGCCUCUGCUAAUGGUACCCCCUGUUUAGUUUGCUUCGAAACAGCCUAACUUGAAGUAGAGGGAUUAGUCUGCUGUUUUAGGUGGAAAACAACAUCCUGCUCUUGUAAAAAAGUCCUUUAUUAGUAGGAAUCCUCUCCACAUCAGAUCUACAAACUAACCAACCAAGGCCGAGGUAGACAAACAGCUCCUGUGUUCAUGGAGGGACUCUGGUGGAUUUAAUGAACAGGGAGUGUUUUGCUUUAAACGGGGGGCUCUCUUUGUGAUCAAAGGUCUGUUUCCUUUCUCUUAUGUUGUCUGAACCCUAAAAUAAUCUGAGCUUGUCCAUCGUUGUUCCUUCACAGCAGACCUGAGUCUGAAAGUUUGAACAGUUUUUCUUCCUCCAGUUUGUCUUAAAGAGGAUCCUUUGAUGGCUGGAAAUCCGGUUCAUUAGAUUUUAUUUUCGUUUCCAGCAGCUUAUUAAACAAACAGGCUGUGAUCCCUGCAGAUAAGGGAUGUUUCUGUUAGAGAGACUGAACCAAACCAGGUUUCAGACCAUCAGAGGACUGCAGGUGUGCAGGUAUGUGUGUGUGAUUGACAGGUGGCCAGAGUGUGUGUCUGUCCAGAGAACAGCCUCAGACUGAGGAUUAUUUUUAACGGCUGUUUCUCUUCAUGUCGAUCAGAGUGAGGGCUGCAGCUAAAGAUUUAGUUCUUGAUUUCAUUUUGUUGAAUUUUGAACACAUUUCAUUUUAAAAUCCUGAAUCUUUAAAUCUUUUCCUUCUUUCCUAAGACUAAAGCUGAAAUUAAAACUGGAAAUAUUUGAAUUUAAUUUCCCACUCCUCCUCAAUCUUCAAUCAUAUAACACUGUGUUGAUUGUUCCCUUUUGUAUUUUUCCAUGUUUCAUUCCACAUUUUGCUGCCGAAUGAUGUGCAAUGGUUGAAACCUCUAGUUGAUUUUAUUUUUACUUUCACAGAUGAUGAAAUGCUUUCUCUGAGCAGAUUUUUUUGAUUUUUUUUUUUUCCGGUUUGGACGUGACAUUCCUGACGCAGAAAAGACAUUUCCGAAAUUUAAUGACAAUAAAGGAAUGUAUCUCAUCUA